AUGCGCUGGUCGCCCGUGUCCUGGGGCACCUGGGACGCCUUUCUCCCCCGGUGGGCCGUGCUCACCCUGACCUGGCCCGGCGUCAGGCAGCGCACGCGCAGUCUUGCUCGUCUGUCUGACGCUGUCAGGGACGUGCUUGCCACGGCCGCCCCGGGUCCCCGUGGCGCGGGGAGCCGUCCGCACCGGCCGCCCUGGGUCCCCGUGGCGCGGGGAGCCGUCCGGACCGGCCGCCCUGGACCCCCGUGGCGCGGGGAGCCGUCGGGACCGGGCCCUGGGUCCCCGUGGCGCGGGGAGCCGUCCGCACCGGCCGCCCUGGACCCCCGUGGCGCGGGGAGCCGUCCGGACCGGCCGCCCUGGAUCCCCGUGGCGGAGCGAGCCGUCCGGACCGGCCGCCCUGGGUCCCCGUGGCGCGGGGAGCCGUCGGGACCGGCCGCCCUGGAUCCCCGUGGCGGAGCGAGCCGUCCGGACCGGCCGCCCUGGAUCCCCGUGGCGGAGCGAGCCGUCCGGACCGGCCGCCCUGGGUCCCCGUGGCGCGGGGAGCCGUCCGGACCGGCCGCCCUGGACCCCCGUGGCGCGGGGAGCCGUCGGGACCGGCCGCCCUGGGUCCCCGUGGCGCGGGGAGCCGUCCGCACCGGCCGCCCUGGACCCCCGUGGCGCGGGGAGCCGUCCGGACCGGCCGCCCUGGAUCCCCGUGGCGCGGGGAGCCGUCCGGAGCGGCCGCCCUGGAUCCCCGUGGCGGAGCGAGCCGUCGGGACCGGCCGCCCUGGACCCCCGUGGCGCGGGGAGCCGUCGGGACCGGCCGCCCUGGGUCCCCGUGGCGCGGGGAGCCGUCCGCACCGGCCGCCCUGGACCCCCGUGGCGCGGGGAGCCGUCCGGACCGGCCGCCCUGGAUCCCCGUGGCGGAGCGAGCCGUCCGGAGCGGCCGCCCUGGAUCCCCGUGGCGGAGCGAGCCGUCCGGACCGGCCGCCCUGGGUCCCCGUGGCGCGGGGAGCCGUCCGCACCGGCCGCCCUGGGCCCCCGUGGCGCGGGGAGCCGUCGGGACCGGCUGCCCUGGGUCCCCGUGGCGCGGGGAGCCGUCCGCACCGGCCGCCCUGGACCCCCGUGGCGCGGGGAGCCGUCGGGACCGGCCGCCCUGGACCCCCGUGGCGCGGGGAGCCGUCCGCACCGGCCGCCCUGGACCCCCGUGGCGCGGGGAGCCGUCCGCACCGGCCGCCCUGGAUCCCCGUGGCGGAGCGAGCCGUCCGGACCGGCCGCCCUGGAUCCCCGUGGCGGAGCGAGCCGUCCGGACCGGCCGCCCUGGGUCCCCGUGGCGGAGCGAGCCGUCCGGACCGGCCGCCCUGGGUCCCCGUGGCGGAGCGAGCCGUCCGGACCGGCCGCCCUGGAUCCCCGUGGCGGAGCGAGCCGUCCGGACCGGCCGCCCUGGACCCCCGUGGCGCGGGGAGCCGUCGGGACCGGCCGCCCUGGGUCCCCGUGGCGCGGGGAGCCGUCCGCACCGGCCGCCCUGGACCCCCGUGGCGCGGGGAGCCGUCCGGACCGGCCGCCCUGGAUCCCCGUGGCGGAGCGAGCCGUCCGGACCGGCCGCCCUGGGUCCCCGUGGCGCGGGGAGCCGUCCGCACCGGCCGCCCUGGACCCCCGUGGCGCGGGGAGCCGUCGGGACCGGCCGCCCUGGGUCCCCGUGGCGCGGGGAGCCGUCGGGACCGGCCGCCCUGGACCCCCGUGGCGCGGGGAGCCGUCGGGACCGGCCGCCCUGGAUCCCCGUGGCGGAGCGAGCCGUCCGGACCGGCCGCCCUGGACCCCCGUGGCGCGGGGAGCCGUCGGGACCGGCCGCCCUGGACCCCCGUGGCGCGGGGAGCCGUCCGCACCGGCCGCCCUGGAUCCCCGUGGCGCGGGGAGCCGUCGGGACCGGCCGCCCUGGGUCCCCGUGGCGCGGGGAGCCGUCCGCACCGGCCGCCCGAGUGA